AGAUUGCGCAAAGGAGUCUGUACUCAUCUCGGCCAGUGCACUGUGACGUGGUUCUAUUGCAAGGUGCUCAUUAAGAGGGACGCUUGGUUUCUCUGACGUGUGCAUGAGUCCUCCAACGGCACCUGCCCCCUUAUAAGCCUCAGUAAGUCACCGGGGAGACCUUCACCACCGAUUCAUCUAAAGCAGUUUUCCUCCUCGGGUGUCCCGGCACAUGACCCGAGAGACACUUUUGGUCUCCAUGCCCUCCCGUCCCUAGUGGAAGUCCGCUGCGACAAUGACCAUCCACAUAGAGGGGCUUGUGGCUAUCGCGAUCUUCUAUCUACUGAUCCUGUGCGUGGGCAUCUGGGCGGCAUGGAAAAACAAACACUCCGGGGAGGCGGAGGGCACCGACCGCAGCGAAACCAUCAUGGUCGGUGGGAGGGACAUUGGAUUAUUUGUUGGUGGAUUUACCAUGACAGCGACGUGGGUUGGAGGAGGAUAUAUAAAUGGUACAGCUGAGUAUGUGUAUCUGCCUGCGUACGGUUUGGCUUGGGCUCAAGCUCCCUUUGGAUAUGCACUCAGUCUUGUUGUGGGGGGUCUAUUUUUUGCCAAGCCCAUGCGCUCACGAGGUUACGUCACCAUGUUGGACCCGUUCCAGCAGAUCUACGGGAAACGCAUGGGUGGCCUCCUCUUCAUACCUGCACUCAUGGGAGAGAUCUUCUGGUCGGCGGCCAUCUUAUCCGCCCUCGGUGCUACUCUGAGUGUCAUCGUGGACAUCAACAUUAAGAUGUCCGUGGUUAUCUCAGCGCUCAUUGCGAUAUUUUACACCUUGGUUGGAGGACUUUACUCGGUGGCCUACACCGAUGUCGUGCAGCUCUUCUGCAUCUUUCUUGGCCUGUGGAUCAGCGUCCCGUUUGCGUUGACCAACCCUGCGGUGUCAGACAUCACCAUUACUGCAGUGAAGCAGGUGUACCAGUCGCCCUGGAGAGGCAGCAUCCACAAAGGCGACACCUGGGUGUGGAUCGAUAACUUCUGCCUCCUGAUGCUUGGAGGAAUUCCCUGGCAAGUGUAUUUCCAGAGAGUGCUGUCUGCCUCCUCGGCAAACUACGCCCAGGUCCUCUCCUUCCUGGCUGCUUUCGGGUGCCUCGUCAUGGCUGUGCCCUCCGUUCUCAUCGGGGCCAUCGGGGCCUCCACAGAUUGGAACCAGACGAGUUAUGGGGCUAUUCCUCCCAAAGAUAAGGAUCAAGCGGAUAUGAUUCUCCCCAUCGUGCUCCAACACCUUUGCCCUCCGUUCGUCUCUUUCUUCGGGCUGGGCGCCGUGUCUGCGGCCGUCAUGUCAUCUGCAGACUCCUCCAUCCUGUCAGCCAGCUCCAUGUUUGCGAGGAACAUCUACCAGCUCGCCUUUAGACAGUCUGCGUCUGACCGUGAGAUCGUGUGGGUCAUGCGUAUUACCAUCUUUGUAUUCGGCGGCCUUGCCACGUUGAUGGCGCUGGUGACCGGGACCGUUUACGGCCUCUGGUACCUGAGCUCCGACCUGGUUUACGUCAUCAUCUUCCCACAGCUGAUCAGCGUGCUCUUCGUCAAAGGCACCAACACGUACGGCUCCGUGGCCGCCUACCUGUUCGGCAUGGUGCUGCGUAUAGGUGGAGGUGAGCCUUACCUCGGGAUGCCUCCUUUCAUUUAUUACCCCGGCUGGACCGUUGAGCAGAGGAAGCAUCACGUAACCGGAGAAAUGGAGGACGUCGUCAUCCAGAAGUUCCCCUUCAAGACCAUCUCCAUGAUCGCCUCCUUCCUGGGCAACGUCGCCGUCUCCCACCUGGCAAAGUAUCUGUUUGAGAGCGGCAAGAUUUCACACAAGUACGACUUCCUCGACGCGGUGGUGUCAAAGCACAGCGGCGAGAUUAUGGAUAAGACGACGCUCGUGACUCGCGGAAACAACAUCGGGCUGUCGGAGAUGGCCCCCGUCAAACCGCGGCUCAGCGUGACCUUGGCGGCCGCUUUCGCGCGCCGCGACACGCUGCCGAAGGAAAUGGUGGUGGAGGAGGAGGAGUCCAGCUCUGAUUCCUCCCACCAUGGUGAGGAGUGAACAACUUUUAAAAGAAAAUGAAACUGAACAUGACGAGGGAACUGUCGGAGAAGCAGUUACAUUACUGUCCAAUUCUCCUGAAAGAAGUAUGAGAGCAGACGCAAACGUCCUUCGUUGGGACUACAAAAGAAAACACAUCCAGCUCGUGCUGAUUGGAUAACGGCCACAUGACAGGAUACAUAGUUUAGCAGCUUGCUGAUUGUCUGGACAUGACUCUCUCUUUCUGUGCAUCAACCAUUCGCUCAGAUAGAUAUUAUAUAUAUAGGUCGGUGUAAUGCAUACUCAUCCUUUUUUUUAACCGCUUUGGAGUUAUACUUAAGAAGACGGUUUUAAUGUGAUGGAUUUGAUUUUAUACCACUAAAGCAUCAAACUACAGAUGACUUGAGACAAGAGAUGUUCCACAGAAUUUCCAUUGCUGACUAGUGGUGAAAUGUUUCAUCAGAAAUGUGACAAGGAAUGAACUAAUUGCAAGUAGUUGAUAGGAAGCCACGGACUUUGCAAUCAUGUCAUGUACUAAUUAGAUAAAAGCAAUAACACACACACACACACUUUAACAAGUAUAUAGCAAUUAUUAUAUAUCUGAUUGUGAGAGAAAGUUAAAUAAAUAUAGAUCCAAAAAUGAUAGAACACAGGAUUUUGUAUAACUCUACUAUGUCCAAACAAGCCAACACAUGUAUGUUGUAUGUAAGUAACGUGUGUUGAACUGAAAAAAAAUGUUAUUCAUGAAUUAAGUGACACGUUAAACCGACAAUGUCAUGACGUGAAACACAUCCGACGUAUUAACCAACACCCAAAACCAAACUUAGUUUGACACAUUUAAAUGGCAAUGACGUCUCUUCAUUAUUACUGUAAACAUAUCAUGACUGUGUGAAUCAAAAAGGAUGCAAUCCAUGUUUUGUCCUGAGUAGAAAAAAUACAAGCAAUAGUAACCGUAGUUGACUUCAACAUUCUCUUUAAUGUCAGAGGUUUUAAUCAUAGGAAUCUGUGUAAAUUAGUGUUUUAAAUAAUCUUUUAUUCAACUGCCUUAAUGAAACUCAUGAAACAGUUUUAUUUCCACAGUUGUGACUUGACUCUGGUCAGACAAAGACUUGAAUAUGAAUGUAAUCUCUAGAAAAAUGUCUAACUAUAUAGUUGUGUACUUCUACUGGUAUUUGUGUUGCUGUUUUUGUUUGUGAUUUUGCAAAGUCAAAAGGUAACUGUUGCAGAACAAUGUGGAGGCAGGUUCUGCUUCACAGAUGUGUGCUUUUAUUUGUUGUCAACAGCAGAUACUCCUCUUUGUCAUGUGUGUUUGCAUAAUUAAGGAGAAAAAAAAUGUAUAGACAAAGAAAACAAAUCAUACUGGUUAAAAGGAUUCGAAUAAGGGG